GCCCCCACGUCAGAGGGGACACCCCGACAGUGACGGCAAAGGUGAUGCAACUGCCCUAGGGCCCACACCAGGGAGGUCUGCCAUGAGCCAGAGCGGGGCCUCACGCCUGGCCGGCUCACCCCAGCUCCACGGGGGCUCACUGCUGGCCCUGCUGGGCCCCGAGCGGGGCAGCGGGGGCGAGCUGGCCCCUGCCCCGUCCCCUCCCUCGCCACCCAGCGGGACACCCUCACCCGGUCCCCCGCCAGCCCUGCUGGAGGGGGACUGGGAGGGCCGGGAAGAGCUGCGGCUGCGGGAGCUGGAGGAGGCACGGGCACGGGCAGCCCAGAUGGAGAAGACGAUGCGGUGGUGGUCAGACUGCACAGCCAACUGGCGGGAGAAGUGGAGCAAGGUGCGGGCCGAGCGCAACCGGGCGCGCGAGGAGGUGCGGCAGCUGCGGCACCGCCUGGAGGCCCUCACCAAGGAGCUGGCUGGCUUGCGCCGCGAGCGCCAGGAAGGGCUGCAGGAGCGCCAGCAGCUGGGCCGGCAGCUGGCACGCCUCCGUGGCCGGGACCACAGCCCUGACACCGACACCAAUGGAGAUGGUGAGGCUGACACCGAACGGGAGCCCGUGCGCGACGUGGGGGCCGAGGCGCCUCACAAAGCCAAGGAGCUGGAGCUGAUGGAGAACAUCCUGAAGAGCAAGCAGGAAGGUGCUGAGAGCUGGGAGCAAAGGGGUGCCCCAGGCACCCGGGCCUCCUUCUCCCGCCAGGAGCGGAGCCGCCUGCUCUGGGAGGAUGUCAGCGUCAUUGAGGAGGAUGCCACCAAAAUCACUGCCCUGAAGCUGAGGCUGGACGAGUCCCAGAAAGUGCUGCUCAAGGAGCGGGAGGACAAGCUGGCGCUCAGCAAGAACAUCGAGAAGCUGGAGGGCGAGCUCAGCCAGUGGAAGAUCAAGUAUGAGGAGCUCAACAAGAACAAGCAGGAGGUGAUGAAGCAGCUGAACAUCCUCAAGGAGAUCCACCAGGAUGAGUUGGGACGCAUCUCAGAGGACCUGGAGGACGAACUGGGUGCUCGCUCCAGCAUGGACAAGAAGCUGGCGGAGCUGCGCAUGGAGAUGGAGCGGCUGCAGGCAGAGAACGCGGCUGAGUGGGGCCGGCGGGAGCGGCUGGAGACUGAGAAGCUCAACCUGGAGCGGGAGAACAAGAAGCUGCGGGCACAGAUCGAGGACUUGGAGGAGGUGCUGGCUCGCAAGCGGCGCCAGACGGCCAGUGCCCUGGACACCGACCUCAAAACCAUCCAGGCUGAGCUCUUCGAAAAGAACAAGGAGCUGGCAGACCUGAAACACAUCCACACCAAGCUGAAGAAGCAGUACCAGGAGAAGAUGGCUGAACUGGCCCAUGCCAACCGCCGUGUGGAACAACAUGAGGGCGAGGUGAAGAAGCUGCGCCUGAGGGUGGAGGAGCUGAAGAAGGAGCUGGCCCAAGCUGAGGACGAGCUGGAUGAGGCCCACAACCAGGCACGGAAGCUGCAGAGGUCGCUGGACGAACAGACGGAGCAGAGCGAGAGCUUCCAGGUGCAGCUGGAGCACCUGCAGUCCCGGCUGCGGCGGCAGCAGAGCACACCGCUCUUUGGCAAGAUGCGCAGCACCCGCUUCGGCCCCGAUGACCCUGGGGAUGGCACCAGCGACCCUGAUGAAGAUGAGGACCUGCAGAUACAAGUGCCCUAGUGCCUGGGGCUGGGGCAGCACCCCAGCCAUCACUGCCAUGGGCAUGCCCUGUGGUGGUUCCUGCCAACAAGUGCCUGUCACCACCAGGCUCAUCUCGAACCACAUUCCACCCACAUCACCUGUGCUAUGACCCUAAUAUGGAUGGGGAAACUGAGGAACAGAGCAGCAGGAAGAUUCUUGCCAGGGGAUGUCCUGAGCGUGCUGCCUCCACUUCUCGGACAGUAUCUGAUGCCCCUUGGCUGCCAGCUCCCCCUGGAACAGAUGUGGGUACAAAACUAAGCAUCAACUGAGCAGACCAGGAGGAGGAAGCGCAGGGUGGAGAGGGGCACCGUGCUGAGUGGGGUGAACCAGGGCCCUGCAGCCAGUCAGGCUCUCCUGCCCAAUUUUAUAUAUAUAUAUAAUAUGUAUGUAUGUAUUUGUAUAUGAUUUUUUAUUAUAAAUACAUAGCCCAGAGGGGCCCAGGCUCUGUUGCUGUCUUGGGCUGCUGAUCUGUCUCCGCAGCUCCUUGCUGGCAGGCUCAGGGCCCUGCUGCAGGAUCGAGGCUGGAGGGACGAAGGUACGCAUGGCCACCAUGCCGCAGGCAGCACAUGGGAGGGAUGUUUCUCAGCAAGCUGCAUGCGGGAUGUAGUCUGUGACUGCUCUGGUGGCUCCGGGUGCUUUUCCAUGGGUGCAGAGGUGCUGGCUGUUGGGUUCUGAUCACAGCUCUGCAUCCCAGUACCCGCCUGCCAGCCCAGGGAGCCACUAGGGCUUUGGAGGAGCUCAGACAGAAUCUCAUUAAAAAUUAAUAUUUCAGUGAGCUAA